GUCCGCAGUCUCUGGUCAUCCCUGUACUGUCUACAGUCUCUGGUCAUCCCUGUGCUGUCCGCAGUCUCUGGUCAUCCCUGUACUGUCCGCAGUCUCUGGUCAUCCCUGUGCUGUCCGCAGUCUCUGGUCAUCCCUGUACUGUCCGCAGUCUCUGUCUCUGGUCAUCUCCUGUACUAUGUCUGCAGUCUCUGGUCAUCCCUGUACUGUGUCCGCAGUCUCUGGUCAUCCCUGUGCUGUCCGCAGUCUCUGGUCAUCCCUGUGCUGUCCGCAGUCUCUGGUCAUCCCUGUGCUGUCCGCAGUCUCUGGUCAUCCCUGUGCUGUCCGCAGUCUCUGGUCAUCCCUGUGCUGUCCGCAGUCUCUGGUCAUCUCCUGUGCUGUGUCUGCAGUCCAUUAGUUCAGAAUUUUUUUUUCCUGUUUUCUGCCUCUAAAACCUAGGUGCGUCUUAUGGUCAGGUGCGUCUUAUACGGCGAAAAAUACAGUAGUCUUUUCUAUUUUGUUCUAUUCUAUUCUUUUCUAUUCUAUCCCGUUUUUUCUAUUCUGUUCUGUUU